AUGCUUCUAAUUGAAGUAGCGAAAGAAUUUGUGGCUACAAUUGACAACAAAAAGACGGACGGGACUACUAUUGAGGCCAAGAAGCAAGCUUGGAUGGCGUUGACAAAUAAAUAUAAUGCUCUUUCUGAAACGGGAAUCAGAACAGAAAAACAAUUGCAUGCGUUAUAUGACAAUUUAAAAAAAAAAACUAGAAAAAAUAUAAGCGAUGAUAAGUCCGAGUUGUACAAGACAGGAGGUGGAACAUUUUGCCCUAAGACAACUGCAGUCGAUGAAAAGGUUGUGGCCUUAUUACCUCCACAAUUUAAACCAUUAUCUAAUGAUUUUGACUCAUCAGCACCAUAUUACAUCAUAGAUAUUGUUGAAACACAACAGCUAAACGACACGCAAGAUUCUUCUCAAGAAGUAUUGGGUGCAAAAGAAGAUUCUGUGCAUCAACUUCAACAAGUUAAAGGUUCCAAAAGAAGGAUUUCACCUCUUCUGGUAUCUGACAUCACACCGAAAAAAAAAGAUUUGUUUAACUGA